CUAAGAGUGUACAGCAUCUCAUGACCGCACCAUUCAAUUAGGCCACGGUGUGCCAGCCACUCUGCGCCUUAUAAAUUGAUUAUUUUUUGUUUUACCUCGGGUUUAACUGAUAUUGAAUUUAGAUACAAACAGGCCAACGAUACCUCAUUCCUUAAGCAUACACAGUCCUGAUACGAUACUCAUUAAGAGUAUCGCCAAAUUGAAACGAUUGGUAAAACAUGUACGAUUUUAAAAUUAUCACCGUCUUGACUUUAAAUGUGCUUCUUGCUAUUCGUUUCCGUGCAUCUAGCUAUCAUGCCACAACAGUCGUGUUUAAUGUGCUUCUUGCUAUUCGUUUCCGUGCAUCUAGCUAUCAUGCCACAACAGUCGUGUUUAAUUUGCUUCUUGCUAUUCGUUUCCGUGCAUCUAGCUAUCAUGCCACAACAGUCGUGUUUAAUGUGCUUCUUGCUAUUCGUUUCCGUGCAUCUAGCUAUCAUGCCACAACAGUCGUGUUUAAUGUGCUUCUUGCUAUUCGUUUCCGUGCAUCUAGCUAUCAUGCCACAACAGUCGUGUUUAAUUUGCUUCUUGCUAUUCGUUUCCGUGCAUCUAGCUAUCAUGCCACAACAGUCGUGUUUAAUGUGCUUCUUGCUAUUCGUUUCCGUGCAUCUAGCUAUCAUGCCACAACAGUCGUGUUUAAUGUGCUUCUUGCUAUUCGUUUCCGUGCAUCUAGCUAUCAUGCCACAACAGUCGUGUUUAAUGUGCUUCUUGCUAUUCGUUUCCGUGCAUCUAGCUAUCAUGCCACAACAGUCGUGUUUAAUGUGCUUCUUGCUAUUCGUUUCCUUGCAUCUAGCUAUCAUGCCACAACAGUCGUGUUUAAUGUGCUUCUUGCUAUUCGUUUCCGUGCAUCUAGCUAUCAUGCCACAACAGUCGUGUUUAAUUUGCUUCUGAUUAAUAUUGUAACUUUCAUUUUACUUGUUUUGUUUUCCAUGCUAGAACAGUGGUCUCGUUAGAAAUGUUUCUUCUGGCCCUAGUGACUUCACCUUUGGUGGCUCUGGUGUCUGUCGGCACCGCGACAGCGGCGUACAUGGCUCUUGCAGCAGCAAGCGCCUUGGCCGCGUCAUGGCUCUUGAUGCACAGAUCCAAGAACAGGGAGCCGAACGUUGAUUGGAGAAGGAUUGGGAUAAAACACGUGGACGUGCCAAGUAAAUCCCUCUUCGGCGACCAAUUGAGGUGAGUGAUUUGGUAACAUUCAUCAUUCAUUUUUUCUCAAGAAGUAAUUUUGCAAAUGUUGUCGAGCAUUUUCCACGCGACAGUCAGAUCGAACCGGUGAACUGUCACACGAUCCUGCGACAGUCAAAUAAAACUGGUGAACUGUCUCAAAAUGACAAAAUGACAAUUAAAAAAGGUGAACAUAACAAGCAACAAUCAAUAAUAGUUUGCGUGUAAAAGGAAGUGCUUGAAUGAAAAGUGUACCUCUAUCCAUCUGUUUUGUUUUCUGUGUUCAUUCACGUGUCCUCAGUCACUUGUCUUCAGUCACUUGUAUUCAUUCACUUAUCUUCAGUCAUUACCUUUCUUCAGUCACCUGUCUUCAGUCACUUGUCUUUAUUCACUUGGCUUCGCUCCUUUGUUUUCAUUCACUUGUCUCCGUUCACUUGUCUUCAGUCACUUGUCUUCAGUCACUUGUCUUCAGUCACUUGUCUUCAGUCACUUGUCUUCAGUCACUUGUCUUCAGUCACUUGUCUUCAGUCACUUGUCUUCAGUCACUUGUCUUCAGUCACUUGUCUUCAGUCACUUGUCUUCAGUCACUUGUCUUCAGUUCUUGUCUUCAAUCACUUGUCUUCAGUCACUUGUCUUCAGUCACUUGUCUUCAGUCACUUGUCUUCAGUCACUUGUCUUCAGUCACUUGUCUUCAGUCAUUUGUCUUCAAGACUUUUACCCCCCCCCCCCAGAACAAAGGAGGAUUUUACGAUUAAAAUACCACAGGGAUUCUUAAAGUGUAGUAAAACUUGGACCACCUUUAAUAGUUAAGCCACUUUGAACAUCUAAAAAGUGCAUUUAGAUUGUAAGAGACUAUCACUAAGUUACGUACCACCAGCCUGAAAGAAUACAGAUGACCCAUAUAGCAAAAAAUAUAUUUUUUAAAAAUCAUUUAGUGUCUCCUUUUUUUCGCGUUUUUAGGACAAUGAGAGGGAGUUUGGGAGAUCUGUAUAAAGUCAUCCCUGCCAACGCCUGGAAUCCUCAAAUAUUCACCUAAAAUGUAGACUGAAUAGUACUUUAGACUGUUACUGCAAAUCUCGGCUGAAGAGUACUGAAGACUGUUACUGCAAAUAUGGACUGAAUAGUAUUUUAGACUUUCACUGCAGAGGUCAACUUUUUUGACACACAACUGCACCGCUCUUAAGCCACAAAACAUGCUGCACUUCUACUAAGUCAUUGUGAUACUCUACUCGCAAUCAAGUUAGAUAGAUAUCAAAUGUGAUCAGAUUUUUUUGCAAUGUUAUCCACAGUGAAAAUAUAUCAGAUCUCUUCGCGCAGUACGGCGACACGUUCGGUACACAUCAAGACACCGGUCCCUGGCUAGUGACGAGCAACCUUGACCUGCUUAGGUUCAUCAUGAUAAAAGACUUCAACAAUUUCGUCGACCGCGCCGACAGCUUGAACUCCGCCACGCCCGUAGCCAAAUCUCUGUUCUUCGCCAAGGGAAACCAUUGGCGCCGUCACCGCCAGAUCGUCUCCCCUACCUUCAGUUCCAGCAAGCUGAGAUUAAUCAGCAAGUCAGUGGAACAAUCAGCCGAGACGCUCGCGGGUUAUCUAAUGCAGCAGGCCAAAGACGGGACGCUGGUACCCAUUAAAGAAAUCAGCUCGCGCUUCACGUGUGAAGUCAUUGCAAAAAUAGCGUUUGGCUUCGAGGCCGAUUUCAUCAAGGAAGGAGCCUCGGAAUUCUACAGUUUCAGCAUCAAUAUGUUCAUGCUUUCUCGAGACAAGAUCGCGAGCAUCAUUCUCGGUUGUCUCCAUAGAAUCCCGUACCUUGUUGAAGCCUGUAGCAAGCUGUUCCCAUCCGUUCAGCUGUUUGACGUGGUCAACCUUAAGGCAGCCACAUAUUUUAAUGACAUUUUGACCACGGCCGUCGCCCAGAGGAGAGAGUUCAAGGAAAGUGGGAAACAAAGGAAGCAUGUGGACUUUUUGGACCUUCUCCUCAAGGCCAAUGAAAACUUAAAGGCCGGUGAUCAAGAAAAUGAUGAGAAGAGUAGUCUGCCCCUGGGCGCUCCCAGCGAUGUUGUGACCAAGAUUUUAGACGAUGAAGAGUUGCUGGGCCAUUCCAUGCUUGUGAUAUUUGCUGGACUUGAAACAACAGCAACCACCCUCCAGUGCUGUUUGUUUGAGUUGGCCAAGAACCCAGAUAUACAAGUAAGAAGAUAACAGUCAUGUCUUUGUUGGUUUAUUAGUAACACUGAAACUGUCUAGGAAUAUGAAAUAGUAAAAAUUUUAGAAAGCAAUUAUAUUAUGAACAUGAUUCGCAUAGUUUAAUCGAACUUCUGGAAUAGACACCCUUGAAGAAAGAGUUAAUUUAAUUUAAUUUUUAUUUUUAAAAUUUCAUUUUAAUCUGAGCAAGCGGUAAAUCAUUUUCAGGAAAAAGUCUUCCAGGAAAUAGAUCGUGUCAUUACAACGGAAAAGCCCUCAGUCGAAGAUCUCGGCGGCCUUCAGUACCUGGACUGGGUCAUCAAUGAAACACUGCGCCUUCACCCGCCCGUCCCAAAGGUCAGCAGGAAGGCCAAGGAGACGAGGACGUACAACGGGGUCACCGUCCCCCAAGGGGCUUCCGUCUUGAUUCCCCUCGGCGCCAUCCUCAUGAACCCAUCAGUUUGGCCGGAACCCGAGAAGUUCAUCCCCGAAAGAUUCUCCCCCGAAGAGAAAGACAGGCGCGACCCCAUGGCAUUCAUCUGUUUCGGACAGGGUCCGAGGUUAUGCUUGGGCAUGCGCCUGGCGUACCUCGAGCUGAAACAGGCCCUCGUGCACGUGCUGAGAAAGGUCAAGGUAGUUCUCAAUGAUAGAACCGAACCUAAGAAAGGCGGUGGUGGACUUGAGGCGAAGAACGCUGGCCUGCUGAUUCCAUUAAAACCCGUAAUGUUGGCCUUCGAGCUGCGAGAACAUGAAAUCCCAGCAGAUGAAUAGAACAUUACGCGAAUUCACUGGUCCAUAAUUUUUUUAAGCAUGUGUAGUUUUGGAAAUAAUAUUUACUCUUUUAUAAGUUAUAUAUAUUUUUUUUUUCAUUCAUGCGAGCAUUCAAUUAAGUUUCUCUUCAGAUAUUUAACGCUACAUCGGGUCCGUAGAAGUAUUCUUUAACGUUUACAAAUCUCUUUUUAUAAAGCACAUAGGAAAAGUAAGUUUAAAGAAAAUAAAUCAAAGAUAGUUAUUUACUAUACGUUUUUUACACUGUACUACAUUGUAAAAUAGUAUUAAAGGUAUAGUUUUUUUUUUUUUUGGUUAUUAAAAAUGUAUAACAUAAAUCAUAAUUUAAUUCAUUAAUGCAUCUGCAUUAAAGUAAAAUUCUAUUGAUAUUUGCACUUUUUUUCCCAAUAAAUUGCAUUAGCAUUAUCAUUAAAUUUCGAAGUCCUAGUUUUUAAAAAAAUGCAAUGUCCUGAUUUCUUUACUCUUUGGGGCAAUCGACAUAUUAAAAAAUUAAAUUAAUGGAAAAAUAUCAAGAAAACAGCGAUUUUGUGUUCAAUUAUUUAAUGUUUAAACGUAAGUUGGGAAUAUCAGAAUAAAUAUUUAUAUGGUAAAUUUAUUAACAUAAAGAAUAUGUUGUUGUUUUUUUGUUUUUUUUUUAAACUUAACAUUGAAUUCAAUUUGAAAAUUGUUGUUUGUGCAUCUAUAACAAAAUGAACCUUCAAUUUUUUUUAUUAUUUUGUCAACUUGAUUCUGGACGUUGCAAACAAUAAGAUUAUUUUCUUUGUCAAGGCGCGUAAAGUACAAAUGGGGUACCUUAAAACGUCAUAAAAUGGUGUCACCAUGUGAGAUUU